UUGAGAUGAAAAUGACAGGAGGUAACCUGAUGGAGACAAGCAGCUGCGCUGGCUCAGAGAUGGACGUGAGGAAGGCGGUUUACCAGUCGACAGGUUUCAUGAAAACAACAGUGAAGGUGAUCUUUGGCGAAAGUGCUUUUACGGUGGACAGAAGCCUCCUGGAGGAGCAUUGUGAAUACUUUCGGGCGCUUUUCCAGUCUGGCAUGAAGGAAUGCAAGGAGGAUGAGGUGUGUCUUCAGGUGCCGAGCGCUCGUGGAUUCCUGGUCGCCCUCCGUGUGAUACACGGCGAAAGACCUAUGCUGAGCGGUGACGAAAUUGUUGACGCCAUCGAGUGUGCUGCGUUCCUUCACAUAGAGCUUCUAACUGAGCACCUCAUAAACAUUAUCAAUUCAGACAACUGCCUUCUUAUGUAUCACACAGCGGCGACUUUUGGGUUAAUGAAGCUCUUCGGCAGUGCGGCUUUGUUCAUUCGAGACAUUUAUCAAGACCUCGAAGAAGAUGUGAAAUGUUUGCCAGAGGAUUUGAUUGAAUAUAUAGAGUCUCUUGUUCCUAGUACAUACAUCACCGUUGGUAGUCAUUCGCCAACCAUCAAGCUACUGCAGGACUUCAUGAGGACUGUUUGUUACCUUGAUGAGGACGAGAAAGACUGGAAGGUUCUCACUCACUUGCCUCUCAACGCCAGCACCACCAUGGCAGGAGUUACGGUUUUAGACAACAAGCUCUACAUUGUUGGAGGAGUCUAUGAUAUUACCAAUAAAGUUGUGGAUUCUGGUUUCUGCUAUGAUGUAUCUACAGAUACAUGGAGCACAUUUUCCAGCCCUCAGCAACUUCGCUACAACUGCACCCUCGUUGGCCAUGUGGGCGACCUUUUUGUCAUUGGCGGAGAGUAUGAAAGGACCAUAAUGUCCUCUGUGGAGAAAUACAAAGUCUCAUCGGACACCUGGAGCUUUGCUGCCCAUCUCCCAAAACCUGCAUCCGCCGUGGCUUGCGCCAAAGCCAUGAGAAGACUGUUCAUAUGCCUCUGGAGACCUAAAGAUGCUACGGAGAUUUAUGAGUACAUAGCGAACAAGGAUGAAUGGAUGUUAAUCACGACACUUGUUCGGCAUCAAAGUUAUGGUCAUUGCAUGGUGGCCCACAGGGACAAUUUGUACGUCAUGAGGAACGGGCCAUCUGAUGAUUUUUUGAGAUGCAUGAUGGACUGUUAUAAUUUGACUUCAGGUCAGUGGACGGCCAUGCCCGGGCAGUAUGAGAACAGUAAGGGGGCUUUGUUUACCGCGGUAGUGCGAGGUGACUCUGUGUUCACAGUGAACCGCAGAGCGACAGUGGAAUAUGCUAUUGAGGACAACAAAUGGAGGACGAAAAAAGAAAUGACAGGAUUUCCAAGAAUCGGCUCCAUGUGGACUUUCCUCUUGAGACUGCCAAAGAAAAGCAGAGAGCUUUUACAAAAGAAAAAUAAUGGAGCUGAGAUCUCAUCUGACCUCAGCUCAAGUGCUUCUGUACCAGUGUUGCCAACUAUUUUCAAUGGAAAGUAGCUAAUGCCUGCAAAAGUUGAAUGUCGCUGGAUGACGUAAUGCAGCAACUGUUGGCACUUUGCAUUUGUUUUCUCUCCUAAUCAGAGAUGGUCUUGUUAUUGAGAGAUAUGAGGGUCCGUGGCUCUAGUGGAAAAAGCAUAAUGGCUAACUUGGAUCACGUGUGUCUUGAUAACCAAUCACAUUACAGCUUUGACAUCAUUGAAUUUUGUUCAGCAGUGCGACAAAGUUUUCAAAAAACAAAAACAAAUGCAAAUUAGGUGCAUUUCCAUCAAGUUGUUCGAGCGGAUGACGGUGGUAUAGGUAACCUAUGUACUACGUAGUAACCAAUAUUAAAUAAAACACCUUUAGCGGAAACAGACGAUUAGUCACGUGGGUUUAAUGUUCGUUACGUCAGAAUUUAUUCGGCAAAUGCGUUUCCAUCUUUCAUUAUUCGCGUGAACUCUUUUUCGCACAAGUCAAAAACUGCCUCAAGCAAACGUAAAUUUUUUUUUUUGCAAAUUAAGGGAUUUUUUGCUCUCGAAAUUUGGCAUUUCCAUCACUCGUUUCUGAUGCGAUACUUCAAAAUGCGCAUUAAAACAGGGUGAUGGAAACAUAGCCACUGGCUGCAUCCGAAAUCGCAUACUUCUCUAUAGUAGGCGAAAAACAGUAUGUGACAAAAGAAGUAUGUCUGAAUUUUUGCCAGCAGGCAAAAAGUACCCGGAUGAUCUACUACCUCCGACGAGAUUCUGAAGUGUGCAUACGAUAGACACUUUACUAUCCCAUGAGGCCACAUUUGUGAAUGACAGUGAUGUAACUGACGCUGGUAGGUCACGUGAUAAGGGCAACAUGGCGAAUGUAGUAUGCCCAAAUUACAUUCAUACUAUAUUUUUAGCGGCUGUGAAGUAAUUACUUAUUAAAAAUAAGUACCUACUCAAGAGAGUAUGUGACUUCAAACGCAGCCAAUGAGAAAGUGCCGUAAACUGAAUUAUACCUAUAUCGUGCAAGUGACUUCUCUUGCAUUUUUUCAAGAGUAUUCAAUUCAAAAUGAAUGUUUAAAAGCAAACAUGUUGAAGAUUAUACGCUGUUUCCUCACAAAAACGGCUUAUUCAGCGUAGCAAAGCCUCUCCUCCACUGACAUCCAUUCAAACAAACAAAAACAAAACAAAAAAUUGAUACAUAAUAAUUACAAUAUAUAUUGAAAUUUCCAAUAAAGCUGUUCUCAUUUACAUAUUUUCUGUCAGACAACGGAACAACUAGUCCCUUAAUUUCAGUCGUCAUUUCAGCUAUUUCAGUCAUGCAAUCACUUUGAAUGGGAAAACAUCAAAUUCUUCAAAGCUGUUCACCAAGCUUACGAUUACAUUUCAUAUUUGAAAUCACAAAUGAAACCUAAUAACUGUAUCAUAAAUCUGGUUUCUUUGCUCAAAUAGCGUAAAAGGUUUAUUUUUCAGGCUGGAGCAGCCAAUGCGCAUGCACAGUCAUAAGCGCGCGUCUCCGAACACUGAAUGUUUCUAUGGCAACCGGAGCUUCUAACGGCAGCUGCAGUGACGCGAUGACUUUACCAAUCGGCGAUUGGCUCUUUUAUUUAGAAGGCGGGAAGUCCAAAAAGUCGCUAGUCGCUUUUUUUUGAAAACAAGUUGCUAAAGGGGUUUGAACAGUCGCAGAUCUAGUGGAUCAAGUUUCCUGGAUUCUUUGAUGAAUAUAAAGUUCAAAAGAACUUAAUUUAUUUCAAACAGAAAUGUUUUAUAAAUGUAUUUAAUGAUCAGUUUAAUGGGUCAUUGCGGAAUAAAAGUAUUAGUUUCAUUCAAAAGUAUUAAAAAAACAUCUAACCCCAAACUUUUGAGCAGAGGUGUAACGUUAUAUAUUUGGAUUAAAUGCAUGCUGUCAUGUCAGUAUUUUGAUUCUGUAUAAAUUCUAUAUGAAUUCACACAAAACAAACGCCAUCCUUACAGUCCCUCUAUGGGUGUUUGUACCACAAAGCCUCUCUUUCCUUCAAUAAAAAGGUUGAUCAAAUCAGUUCAUUUGAUUAGUUAACUAAUGCUUUAUUUGUGUUUAAUGUGAUUAACAUUCUCGCACACUGCC